AUGGUGCAGGAAGGGGACAGGGAGCUCAGAGAGCAACAUGUUCUUAUUGAGGAUGAGUUUCCAUCUGACCAGCAGCUCUGGAACCUUGAGAGGAACCCCAUUCUGGACCAAGAGGAGCCAGAACCUCCACAGAUUAAAGAGGAGGAGGAGCUCUGCAUCGGUCUGGAAGUAGAGCAGCUUGUACUGAAGCAGGAGGAUCAAGAUAACGUUUUGCUGAAUCCUACUUUCAUGGAAAGUGACCACAGUGAACCAGAGACAAGUGACCACCAGCUCCUCUCCCACAGCUCAGCUCAGAGCCAAGAUCUCAACGGACACAAGCAUGGAAACUCAAAAUCAGUUAUAAAUGCAGAGCAGGCAUCAGAAAAGGGACAUCAUUACAUCACAAGAGCAAAAGAAAGCACAAGUCCCAGUAACCUUGCAUGUAGCACUACCAUGUCAAAGAUUGUGCAGAAUAUCUGCAAGAGUAAAAAGGUUUUCCAGUGUGACACCUGUGGAAAAGUAUUUAAGUGGAAGUCAGGAUUAAAUGGACAUCUGAAGGUGCACACAGAUGAGAACCCAUAUCUUUGCAAAACCUUUGGAAAAGGAUUUUGUUACAAUUCAGCACUAAAAACACAUUUGAGUGUCCACUCAGGGGAGAAACUGCUUUCUUGCAAAUUUUGUAAAAAAAGUUUCACAAUUAGCACAAAGUUGAAAAUCCACGAGAGAACACACACGGGCGAGAGACCUUUUUCUUGCAAAACCUGUGGGAGAAGUUUUAGCGAGAGAAAUCACAUGCAGAGACACGAGAGAACGCACACGGGCGAGAAACCUUUUUCUUGCAAAACUUGUGGGAGAAAUUUUAGCGAGAGAAAUACCCUGCAGAGACACGAGAGAACGCACACGGGCGAGAAACCUUUUUCUUGCAAAACUUGUGGGAGAAGUUUUAAUCAGAGAUGUCACCUGCAGAGACACGAAAGAACGCACACGGGCGAGAAACCUUUUUCUUGCAAAACGUGUGGGAAAAGUUUUACAACUAGAGAUGUCCUAAAGAUACACGAGAGAACUCACACGGGGGAGAAGCUUUUCUCUUGCAAAACUUGUGGGAAAAGUUAUACACGUGUAUGUAGGUUGAAAGUCCACAUGAGAAGCCACAAAGGUGAGGAGCUGUAAUCCUGUACAACUUGUUGGGAAAGAUUUGUGAGCCAAUCACUUCUAACAAAACAUUUGAUCAACCACACAUAGCAAAACUGAUAUUUUUGUAAUAUUUUGGAAAGAUCUCUGACCAGCCAGUUUAUACAAACUCCACAGGAGAAUACAUCCAGUUGAGAAGCCACACCAUGGCAACACGACAGGGAUAAGAUUUGCUCAAGUGUUGUCAAAGAAGUUGCUACUUAUUUAUUGAUUCAUUAAUUAGAGAUACAACAGCUAGGGAAAGCGACUCUUGAAAUGUUUCCAGGGGGAAAAAAAGUGAUGAACCUUGUUGUAGUUCAAUGCUUUAUGAAGUUCCAUCACCACUCAUGAGUAGCAGAUUUCAAUAACUUCACAAAGCAUUGAACUACAGCCUGGUUCAUCACUUACAUCUACACAAGAGAGAUUGUCUACAUUUACAUUAGCUGCGUCUCUGUAACUGAAAAUGGAAAAUAUCCCAUUGAGAAGACAUCACAAUAUCUUUGAUGCAGUACAUGGUCAACAACAUUUUUUGAAGUACCCACAUUUCUGUUCUUCAUGUGACUGUAAUUGAUAUUUACAUCUGCAAAGGAAUUUAUGUCUUCACCCAUGUGUCUUUGUUUUUUCAUUUAUCAACCAUUUAUACCAAAUGGUGCAGGAAGGGGACGGGGGUGAGAGACAUUGAUUGAGUUAAAGUGGCAGAUCCAGGAUAUUUUAUUAUAACUUGAGAGAUGUUGUCAAUGUGUCAAGAAAGACUUUGGAUCAAGAUGUAAAAAUCUGACAUAUUUGCGGUACAGAAAUUUAUAAGAACACAGUAUGUGGUGCAGAUUAUCAGAUGACUUCCCUUUUUCUUUUCUCUUUCUUUUACAAAAGAUGAAAGUCUGUUGUUAAUGUGUACACAGUCCUAAAUGACUGUCACUGUAAAUGGUUAUUCUUUUGUACUACGUGUAUUCAAUACUUCAGUGCAUUUGCAGUUCAUUAAAGUUUCUUGAUUUAUAAUGCUUGUAUUUUAUAUCUGUCACACGUUUAAUCGGUGUUUGUCUGUGUGGAGGAAAAUUCCCCUGACUAGGUGUCUCACUGCUAUGACCUUGAUAAACAGGAUGGAACCCUUAUUUGAUGAUGUUUUUCUUCCAACUGGUACCGCGGAUGGACGGACACAGCAGAUAACACACAGAGGAUGAUGUCAUGUCUUUCAUGUCUACUUAUUUUUCAAAUCAUGUCUUAUGAAACUCCGCUUUGUAUAAGAUCUGGCUUUUGUGAACUUGUGGCC